UGACCCUUUGCAUUAUUUCUUUCAUCUUCCUUCUAAUCUAUAAAGUUUGUCUUUUUUUUUAAAAAAAAAAAAAAAAAAUAGUUAAGAAAAAGUUGUUCUCAGAACUUCCCAAGUUCCCAUGUGAGGAUAUAUAGAGAGAGAAGAUGAAGAAGAAUCCUUGAAAACCCAAUAUUUCUCUAAAUCCAAAAGUUUGAGCAAAAAAAGCAAAAGGGGGAAGGAACAUGGAAGGUAGAGCACAUAACAAGCUUCAUUACAAUUUCUUAAUCCUUCUUCUUCCAUCUCAUUCAGAUUCUCUUCUCCUUCCCCCUUUUUGCCUCUAAUGUAGCUCAAACAACCAUCCCAUUUACUGUCUCCCAUUAUUAUUCCCUCUUCUAUUGGAGAUGGCAGCUUCAGAACUCGAAGUCGAAGAUGUUUGCUCGGAUAUCUACGUUAACCUGGGCCUUAAGUCAUUGCACAAAGGAAUCCGGAAAAAUCCUCGGGUUCUUACGCUUCUUUCUUCACUUCUAGAAAGAUCUGUCAAAAAAAAUGAAUUACUAAUGGAGGCCACACAAGUCAAAGAUGCUCGCACAAUGUUUCAUGGUCUACGAGCUCCUACCCUGAGUAUUCGAUGUUACAUGGACCGCAUCUUCAAGUAUUUUGGCUGCAGUCCAUCAUGCUUUGUCAUUGCUAAUAUUUAUGUCGAUCGAUUCCUCAAGUGCACAGAGAUUCAGUUAACUUCCCUCAACGUUCAUCGACUGCUGAUAACGAGCAUAAUGCUGGCUGCAAAGUUCAUUGACGACUCGUUCUUCAACAAUGCCUAUUAUGCGAAAGUUGGGGGAGUAAGCACGGCGGAGUUAAACAAACUGGAGAUGAAGUUUUUGUUUAGUAUCGACUUUAGACUUCAGGUGAAUAUACAGACAUUCGGUCGAUACUGUUAUCAGUUGGAAAAAGAAGGCACCGAAACACGUCAGAUUGAACGGUCGAUUCGAGCCUGUAGGAUUAAGGAGAGCUGGUCAAAUAAAGAUGAGAAAUCUUGUGCUUCCACAACAGCCAGAUGAUUUUUUUACCACAAACCACUGUAUGUAAAAUCAUAUAUGAUUCAUUUAGAAAGUUUGCAUUGUUGAUAAAGUUGGCCAUUUUUUCCGAUGGAUUUUCUUUUUAAAAAUUUCAUUUUCUUGUGACUUUGUCUUCAUGUAAGCAUCGGUGAGAGUUCAUGGGAGAAGUAGAAGAACACCUGUUUGAAAAAAUAUAUUCUUUCUAUAUAAAUUGAAUGGGCAAUUAGUGUUGAACACUCAGUCCAUUGUUCUUCUUGUUUUCAA